UCUUCCGCUUGCUACACUGUAGUUGGUGAACAUGGUGCGAGUAUUAAGCCCAGAAUUAGCUGAAAUUGCAAGAAAUGAGUUGAGUGAGCAUCCAAAACGCUUGCAAGAUGAUUUACAACAUUUGAAAGAUUGGAUAUCGAAACAGCCGCAUUUAAAAGCAAGAACAGACGAUCAAUGGCUUGUCGGUAUACUUCGAGGGUGCAAGCACAGUUUGGAGCGAGUAAAGAAAAAGUUGGAUCUGUACUAUACUCUAAAAAUUACGGCUCCCGAUGUCACGCUUCGGAUGAAGCCUACGGAUCCUAAAUUUUUGGAUUUUUUGAGACUUGGUACAUGCGUAAUAUUGCCGAAAGCAAAGGAGCUGUACCCUCGUGUUCUUCUCAUAAGAGCGGGAAGGUACGAUCCUUCGACACAUCAUGUAAUUGAUAUAAUGUGUUUGCUCUAUUAUUUAAUUCAGAUAUUGCUCGUCGAAGAUGAUACUGCGACUGUGGUGGGCAUAAAAAUCGCUACCGAUUAUGAAGGUGUGUCUUUAAAGCAUUUUUCUCAAGCAACACCGACUACACUCAAAAAGAUGAUUGCAGUAUGCCAGGAUUCAAUGCCUUUCCGUCUAAAAGGUAGUCAUCAUGUAAAUAUACCGGCCGGUAUAGAAAAGAUUUUUACACUUAUAAGAGGCCUUCUAAAUCAGAAAGCUAGGGACAGACUAAGGAUUCACAAAAAUAAUGAAGAGCUGUUGCAACAUCUUCCAAGAGAAAUAGUGCCUGCUGAAUACGGUGGGGAUGGUGGGACGUUAAACGAAAUUAUUGAGGCUUGGGCCAAUAAAAUAAUAGAAUACAAACAAUGGUUUAAAGAAGAGGAAGGAUUCGGUACGGAUGAAUCUAAACGGCCAGGGAAGGCGCAGACUGCCUCAGAAAUGUUCGGUGUGGGAGUGGACGGAUCAUUCAGGAAGUUGGAUAUUGACUGAUGCGUGAUUUAUAAUUUAUUAGAUGUAAUAUAAAUGUGUUCUAUAAAAAUAAACUUUCCUUGGAAUUGGCUUAAACCACGUUAAAAAAAAUCUAUUGAUUAUCAAACUUUCUGUAGGUUUACGUUU